AUGGAGUACCGGCAGAAGGCAGUGCGGCUGCCCCGCUCGGCGGAGGACAAGGCGCGCUGGCGGCGUGUGGUUGUGAUCCUCGAGCACUGCCCGCUCGCUGUGGUGCGCACCGAGUGGGGCUUCGAGCUGCUCUCCGAGAAGCACCGCGCGUACCACGCGCGCAACAAGCAGGACCCCGCCGAGUGGCGCCCCGACGUGGUGCACCAGACGCUGCUGCACCUCCUCGACUCCCCACUCAACCGUGCUGGGCUGCUGCAGGUGUUUCUGUGCACAAAGAAGGGCGUCGUGAUCGCCGUUGACCCGCGGCUGCGCGUGCCGCGGCACAUGCGGCUCUUUGAGAAGAUGAUGGUGUCGUGCCUGUACAAGAUGAAGGUGCGGGCGGCGCACGGCUACCUCUCGCUGCUGCGCGUCGUGCGGAACCCCGUCACGGACCACAUCCCGCCCAACUCCACAUUGAUACGCGUGGAGAAGGACGGCGAUGCGGUGCCGGACCUCUACGCCUUCUGCGCCAGCUGUGGCCUCGGCACCGACGAAGGCAGCAGCAAUAAGAAUAAUAAAAACAAUAAUAAUAAUAAUAAUGCAGGUGCAAGCUCCUCCGCCGCUGGUGACGCCUCAACAGACUUUGCGCGGCGGCAGCGCGCUGCUGCUGAGGCGCGACAAUUCCGCCCAUUUGCGUUUAUUGUUGGCGGCAUGUCGAAGGGCGACGUGGAUGCGCCGUACGCGGCGAAAGGACAAGUGCAGAGCAUCCGCCUCGGCGACAGGGGCAUGUCGGCAGCGGCAGUGUGCAGCAGCAUCGUGCACGCCUUUGAGGAGGAGUGGCUGCGCGAAGACAACGAGGCGGAGUAG